AUGGGCGACGCUCAACCCGACCAGGGCUAUCAGCUUGGAGUUGAUGUCGGCGGGACAUUCACGGAUGUAUACGUCUUCACACCAGACCUCCAGACAGUUCGCGCCAAGGUUCCGACUACGAUCCCCGAUCAGAGUAUCGGUAUUAAGAACGGUCUCGCUAAAGCCCGUCUGAUUCUCGAGGAGCAGUUCGGGUGGUCGGGGACAUUCCAGUUCAUUCAUCACGGAACUACAACAGCCACCAAUGCUGUUCUCGAAGGCAAAGGCGCCCGCACCGCUUUGGUGACGACUGCGGGCCACAAGGAUAUUCUUGCGCUGCGUCGGUCUCAAAUCCCCGGCGGGUUAGGCGCGUGGCUGCACUGGAACCCGCCGGACCCCAUUGUGCCACUCGAACGUGUUGUUCAGUGUAAGGAGCGGAUGUCGGUGCAGGGUGAGCCGGUAUCCGCCGUGGAUGUGGAUGAUUUACGCGUUGGAUUGAGAGAGUUGGCUAAGCAAAAGCCGGAAGCAGUGGCCAUUUCACUGUUGAACUCCCACAGCAACGACAAACACGAACGCGAAGUUAAAAAGGUCGUUUGCGAAGAACUUGACUCCGAUGUCGCGGUUAUCUGUUCAGCCGAUGUCCUGCGCGAGGUUGGCGAGUAUGAACGCACAAUCACAACCUGCACGAAUACCCUCGUGAAGCCGGUUGUUCAGACGUACCUUCAGAACUUGUCUCUGGCUCUCACCAAAGAAAGCGAGACCAUUCGGGUCCUUAAAAGCGAUGGCGGUCUCACCAGUCUUGCGCUUGCUUCUGAGCUUCCAGUGAACAUCUUGAUGUCUGGCCCUGCAGGGGUGUUAAAGGAGUUGCAGAUGUCGUGGCUAGAAAUUCGCAGGGAAACUGUCGUCGAAGACCUGUCCGUGCGAGCACCGGCUGUGGACAUCAAGACUGUUGGCGCCGGCGGAGGCUCAAUCACGACAUACAUGGAAUUGACAGAGACGUUACGCGUCGGACCCGAAAGCGCUGGCGCUGUGCCAGGCCCUGCAUGCUAUGAAAAGGGUGGCAAGCAGGCGACCGUGACAGAUGCAAACCUGGUCCUGGGCUAUCUGCCCAAGAACCUACUCGGUGGUGAAUUUGCCUUGAAUGUGGAAGCAUCCCUGGCCGCAGUCGCUGAAAUUGCGUCUCAGAUGAAGCUCCCGGUUACCCAAACAGCCGAAGAUAUAAUCACAAUCAUCAAUGAGACCAUGUAUGGAGCUCUCCGUCUUGUGUCCGUGGAACAGGGCUAUGAUCCCCGCGAUUUCGCACUGGUCGCUUUUGGAGGUGCUGGCCCACUCCAUGCUAAUGCGGUAGGUGAACUUCUAGGAGCAUGGCCAGUUAUCAUUCCUCCAUCUCCUGGCAUUCUUUGCGCACAGGGUGAUGUGACGACGAAGCUCAGACAUGAGCAGUCGACAACGUUCAUCCGUUUGGUAUCUGAGACCACUGCGCGGGAAAUCUUCAAGCAGUAUGAUAGCCUGGAGAAGCAUUGCCGUGAGACCCUGCAGAAGUCAUCAGGUGAACACUGGCCUGUGACUUGGAAGUCUGCGUACCAGGCAGACCUUCGAUACAAAGGACAAGCUUUGACUAUCACCAUUGAUUUGACUGCCGAUGAAUUGGUUCUGGAUACCCAGGGAUGGCAUUCGGUCCUCCGGGAACGGUUUGACCAACAGCACCAACAGCUAUUCACCUAUACAUUGCCUGAUUUUGAGCUCGAGCUCAUGCGACUCGGAGUCAUACUCGAAGACGCAUCACCCAGUAUUGACAUCCCACAAGUCGAAAAAGCGGCGACCCCUGAUCCUCCGGCCAAUGCUCAGAUUGGUCAACAAACAAUAAUUGUGCAGGGCAAGGAACAACUUGCUACACUCUGGGAUCGCCAGAAGAUCUCUAAACAGGGAAUCAAGAUCACAGGGCCAUGCAUCGUCUCGGAGAUGGAUAGCAACACACUCAUUCUACCAGGGUAUUUUGGUGAGAUUGACAGCAUUGGAAAUAUCUUGAUCAACCCCCAAGAUAAAAAGCCAGCCGACUCUACUCAGCAUACCGCGGAAUCAGCGGCCAAACUUGUCAAGGGCACUCCAUUGAUUCCGACCUUGAUCUCAUCCACGCUGGCCUCCAUUCGGAGCGAGAUGGAUCAGAUGAUGCUACGAUGUAGCAUGUCCCCCGCAAUCAGAGAACAACAAGACGAAUUCAACGUGAUCACCGAUGCCAAGGGCAAAAUGCUUGUCGGUCAGUUCGGCAGUUUUAUCACCGAGUUCUUGAAAGUGUGGCACGGCACGAUCGAGGAAGGGGAUAUUUUUAUCACAAACGAUACGUACCAGGUACAAGGUGCCAUCAGUCAUCUAAACGAUGUCAUCGUCUUUCUGCCCAUCUUCCAUGAGCAUCGUCUAAUUGGAUACGCCUCGCAAUUCGGCCACUUGACUGACGUAGGCGGUAUCGUUCCGGGCAGCAUGUCAAUCAACGCAACCUCUGUGUUCGAUGAUGGAGUGCAGAUUCCUUGCAUCAAGCUCUAUUCCAAGGGCGUGAUGAAUGCAGACAUUGUUGAACUUCUGUGUCGAAACUCUCGACAGCCAGCGUGGUAUCGCUCUGAUUUGACUGCCAUCAUUGCAGCAUGUUCGAUGGCCGCGACGCGGGUGCGUGAACUCGUGACAAGAUUUGGUCAAGAAAUAUACCUAGCUUCCUGUGAUGAGCUGCUGUACAGGAACCGAAGCGGGCUGGCCAAAAUUGUGGAGCGGCAAUUCAACGACGAGGAAAGCACUUUUACAGACUUCGUGGACGAUGAUGGCCACGGCGUUGGGCCGUGGGCGCUUACUUGUUCGAUGAAGAAGGUCGAUGGCAAUCGACUCGUGUUCGAUUGGAGUGGCACUUCUCCGCAAAGCCAGCACAGCAUCAACUUCUACCUUUCAGAAACCAUGUUCAAAAUGUUCAUUGGGUAUUAUCUGAUCGCAGCCGCAGCACCCGGGACGGUCAUCAACGAUGGCUUCCACGAAUUAAUUGAUGUUAAGAUCCCCGAAGGGACAGUUCUCAAGCCCGUCCGUCCGGCGCCCAUAUCAUGCCGAACGCAUUUGAUGGGCCGCACGCUCGACAUUGUUCAAGCUCUGAUCGGCCAAAAGAAUGAUGAUUAUCAAGCUGCUGCCGGUUUUAGCGACUCCCCACACUUCUUUUAUUCCGGAUUUAAGCCGAACGGCGAAUGGUACCAGCUAUAUCAAAUUGGCUUUGGAGGAGUUCCUGCCCGCCAAGCUGGUGAUGGGCCUGACUGCCACUGUCUCUUCCCGGCCAUCAAAUCCAUUCCGACAGAGAGCAUUGAAUUGAACUAUCCACUACGCAUCGAAGCCAACGAAAGUGUUGCAGAUAGUGGGGGCCCUGGAUAUUUCCGCGGUGGUAAUGCCCAGCGAACACUCUAUCGAUUCCUCGCGCGAGGCGAGUUCAGUCUACAUGACGAUCGAUGGUUCACGAAGCCCUGGGGCUUGAAGGGAGGUAAACCCGGUCGACGAUCUAGUAAGGUGCUAUACCGAUACUCUCAAUCUACGAUGGACCCUCCGACGGAAAUCCUACCAUCCAAAUGUGACCAUGUUCGAGUCGAUCCGGGAGAUCUCCUUGAAUGGAUCACCUGGGGAGGUGGUGGACUUGGGGAUCCAUUGACGCGUCCUGUUGACAAGGUCGCUCUAGAGGUCCAUCGGAAACUUGUCACGUUAGAUGGGGCUCGCCAAGGGUAUGGUGUGGUCGUGAAGAACGACUUUACGGUGGACCAUGAAGAGACGGUCGCACUACGCGCGCAGAUGAAAAUGGUGCAAACCAAGACACUACAGGCAUCAUCGAUAUAUGAUCGAGGCGGUGACAUUGAGGCACUACGCCAGACCUGUUUGGAGGAGACAGGGUUAGAAGCUCCGAUCCCACAGUGGGAGACAGAACUGUAUGGCCCUCACUCCGGGUUGGAGUAUGUGCAGAAGUGGUAUGCGGAUAUGAAGGUUGCAAAGGGCUGGAGGGUGGAUCAGUUGAGUUGA